AGGGCUCCUCUCAGCUGACUGGAGUUCAUGUCAGAGGUCAAUGAGGCUCCCGUGUGAGAUUGGCCCCGUGAACUCGUGUGUCACAGCCAGCGCUCAGACAAAUGAGCUGGUUAAUGAAAUGAGGAGGGGGCAGGAUGUGACCGUGAGCCGCGUUUAACGCUUGGCUGGAUGUGGAUCGGGACCAGUGUCGAUCAGUGCUUACAUGGGAAACACACACAUCUGUACUGAAACACUUUACAAUGUGACAUGAAUUCAAACUUGUUUUUUUCUGUGACUUUAUUCCAUCCGUUGUGUCAGUUCGCGUGUAAUGCGAGUCCUCGUACUACGCAUGCAUGCUGCCCUUUGCUCACUCUUUAUGUCGCUGCCGUUAUAAAUCUGAGCCGCGCAAGUGUCUGUUUCCAGGUGGCAACAUGGAGCCUGGGAAAUUAAUCCAGGCCCGCGUAACUCUGUUGAUCCUUCUAACAGGCAGCUACGGAAUCAUUCAUUCAGUCCAUGCAGGGCCCACGCUGACGACUGACCAUGCGCUGUUAACCUUCCACAAUCAGCUGACAGAAGAAGUGGAGGUCUUUUAUAUGUCAGAUUACUGCUACAAGUGUGUGUUCCAGCGUUUGGCCUCUGUCAGGCCCAACAACGGCAACACGUCCGUUGUCAUCGGCACCAAAUUCACUCUGACCGUGCAGGUGGAAUCACAAACCAGCAACGCGACCCUCUGCAGGUGGAGACAAACCUAUGGAGAAGGUGGCCAUUACUCUGUUUGGAUCCAGAUGCCGGACGCAGACAGUAACGUCAGCUGCACCCAUGAUGUGGAUAAGACACCAAACAACCCAUACCUGCCUGUUCUGGUGGCGGCGCUGCUGCUGGCCACGAUCGCGCUCCUGUUUGUCAUGGCGCCGUACGUCUACAGGAGGCCGUGCACUUCAAAGUGUGUUAGGAUCAUAUGCUGCCGAGCCCCACAGAGCUCAGUGGAUAAUGAUGGAGCACGUGACUUCGAGGCCGAGGACGUCGCUGGUAAAGCUAAAGCGCGUCUGCGCUCGCUGGACGCUUUCAGAGGGUUCGCCCUGACAGUGAUGGUGUUCGUGAACGGCGGUGGAGGAGGCUACUGGUUCUUUGAGCACGCACCGUGGAACGGUCUGACUGUGGCAGACGUCGUCAUGCCGUGGUUUGUGUUCAUCAUCGGGACGUCCGUGGUCCUGGCUUUCACAUCGAUGCAGAAGAGAGGAGUCGGCCGCCUGCAGCUGCUGAGGAAAAUCACCUGGCGCACAGUGGCGCUCAUGGUGAUCGGCUUCUGCUUCGUCAACCACGGCGGCAGACUACUGUCGUGGUCCUGGCUGCGCUUCCCUGGAGUCCUGCAGCGUCUGGGCUUCACCUACUUUGCUCUGUCUCUUCUGCAGACUUUCUGGGGCCAGAAAGAGAUCCCACUGAGAUCGUAUCACUGGUGGAACCCCAUCCAGGAUGUGCUCCUUUACUGGCCACAGUGGCUCAUCAUCUUCCUGCUGGAGACCCUGUGGCUGUGCAUCACCUUCCUCAUGCCCGUGCCCGGCUGCCCCACAGGGUAUUUGGGACCUGGUGGUAUCGGUGAUAAUGGACUUUACCCAGACUGCACUGGGGGCGCAGCAGGGUACAUUGAUAGAUGGAUGUUUGGCGACAACAUGUACAGAUUCCCCACCUGCAGACCAAUGUAUCUCACCACACAGCCCUUUGACCCUGAGGGGAUUCUAGGCACGAUCAACUCCAUAGUAAUGGGAUUUCUGGGCAUGCAGGCUGGCAAGAUCAUCAUUUACUACAAGGGGAUAAACUUCCACAUCCUCUGCAGGUUCCUUGCGUGGGCCAUCAUCCUGGGAAUCUCUGCAGCCAUCCUUUCUAAGUGCACGCGAGACGAGGGAUUUAUACCUGUCAAUAAAAACCUUUGGUCUUUGUCCUUUGUGCUGUGUAUGGGCUGCUUUUCCUUCCUGCUGCUCGGCGUCUUCUACUUCGUCACGGACGUCAAAGGCUGGUGGGGUGGACAGCCCUUCAUCUAUCCAGGGAUGAACUCCAUCUUCGUGUACGUCGGCCACUCCCUCCUGGGUUUGUACUUCCCCUUCAGCUGGGAGAUGCGCCUCCAGGACAGUCACUGGGAGUGGCUCUUCCAGAACCUGUGGGCGACCGCGCUGUGGGUGCUCAUCGCCUACUUCCUCUACAGGAAGAAGUUCUUCCUCAAAAUAUAGAACAGAACCAUCAUGGGACCGUUUUCUGUGGAUGAGGAUUUUUUGAAAGCCAGAUUAAAUAAAUUAAGAUUAUCUUUCCACAAAAUGCAUCUGUAGUAUAAUUUGCAGACGUUGCAUGGUACGUGUCAUGGAAAUAAACAG